AUGGAAAUAAUCGCCUCCAACCUGCGAACCUCUGACCCUGAUUUUCAGGAUAACCAGGCCCGGAUGGGGGCCCUGGUGCGCGACAUGAAAGACCGGAUGGCCCAAGUUCGGGCCGGCGGGGGUGAGCGGCAGGUGGAGUUGCACCGCAGCCGCGGCAAACUGCUGGCCAGGGAGCGGAUCGAUGCUCUCGUGGACGCCAACACACCGUUCCUUGAACUGAGCCCGUUGGCGGCCUGGGACAUGUACGAUGGUGAGGAAUCGUCCGCCGGAAUCGUGACCGGCGUCGGUGUCGUCCAGGGAAAAGAGGUGGUGGUUGUCGCCAAUGACGCCACGGUCAAGGGCGGAACGUAUUAUCCGAUCACCGUCAAGAAGCACCUGCGCGCCCAGGAAAUUGCCCUAGAAAACCACCUGCCCUGCAUCUAUCUGGUGGAUUCCGGCGGAGCCUUUUUGCCAUUGCAGGCGGAGGUAUUCCCCGACCGGGACCACUUCGGGCGCAUCUUCUACAACCAGGCGCAGAUGUCGGCCCUGGGGAUACCGCAGGUGGCGGUAGUCAUGGGGUCUUGCACGGCCGGCGGAGCGUAUAUUCCGGCCAUGAGCGAUGAGGUGGUCAUGGUUCGGGAGCAGGGCACCAUCUUCCUGGGCGGGCCGCCGUUGGUGAGGGCGGCCACUGGCGAGGAGGUGGACCCGGAGACUCUGGGCGGCGCGGACGUGCAUACCCGAAUAUCCGGCGUGGCCGACCACCAGGCCGUUGACGAUGAAGACGCCCUGGCCAUCACCCGAGACAUCAUCGAGAACUUCGUGAAGAGGCGAGACCUUCCGUUCCAGGUAAUCGCCCGCAUUGUGGACGGGAGCCGGUUCCACGAGUUCAAGGCCGAGUACGGGGGAACCCUGGUCUGCGGCUUCUCGCGUAUUUGGGGGUAUCCGGUGGGAGUGGUCGCCAACAACGGAGUCCUCUUUUCCGAGAGCGCUCUGAAGAGUACCCAUUUCAUAGAUCUGUGCAGCCAACGGGGGAUCCCACUGCUGUUUCUGCAGAACAUCACCGGCUUCAUGGUGGGCAGCCAGUACGAGCAUGGUGGUAUUGCCAAGGACGGGGCCAAGAUGGUCAUGGCAGUGUCCAACGCAGCCGUACCCAAGUUCACCGUGAUCAUCGGCAGUUCCUUCGGGGCGGGAAACUACGGCAUGUGCGGGCGGGCCUACCAGCCGCGGUUCCUGUGGACGUGGCCCAACGCCCGCAUUUCGGUGAUGGGCGGGCAGCAGGCAGCGGAGGUGCUGCUCACAAUCAGGUUGCAGCAGUUGGAGCGGCAGGGACGUACUAUGGAGCAGGAGGAGCGGGACGACCUGCAACGUCCCAUCCUGGAAAAGUACGAGUUGGAGGGCGAUCCCUAUUACAGCACCGCCCGCCUGUGGGACGACGGGAUCAUCGACCCGGUGGACACGCGCGACGUGGUGGGCUUGGGAAUCGCCGCCUCGAUAAAUGCCCCGUUCCCCGAGCAAAAGCGCGGCAUCUUCCGAAUGUGA